CUUUAUCAGGAAAUGAACUUCUAUACAACCCUUGCUUCAUUUUCAUUUUGCCUCUAUCUCCAUUCUCUGUCUUCACUAGAAGAAAAUUUAGGGUUUUCAGAAUGGGCUACCGAGAAAAGAACCAACAGCCGCCGCUAUUGGAUUUUCGAUCAUUUUCUGAUGAUUCUUGGUACACAAUGCGCCCGUUAGUAUUAGACAAUGAAACCCUAGUUGUAAAGUACUGGGAUUUCACAGAAGAAGAAAAUGAUGAAUAUUACUUUGUUCAAGACUUUAAAACCCCUGAACAAGUAGAGAAUUUCAAGAAGAGAUUUCGUCCAGCUUGUGUUCAGUUGCAGGACAAAGAAUGUAAAGAUGUUAAGUUGAUGAUGAAUGUUUGUGCUUCUUUUAUUCAAGGUGAUGAAGACAUCAAGUUCUACAAUGGAGUGAUUGACUCGGUAGACAGAAAACCUCACUCACGUGAAGGAAAAAAAGAGAUUUGUCAUUGUUCCUUUGUGGUUGCUUGGUUACAUGGUCCGAGGACUGGGACUAAAGAAUCCAUGGGUAUCGAACGUAUUUGCAAAAUUAUUCCAGGAACCCCACUAAUUGAUCUUAAGCUGGCCGAUUUCUUGAGUAUGUCAGAAGCACCACUCAAACUGCCUUCAAAUGAUUAUUCUGAUAAAGAUGUUGAGGAUAAUGAUGGGAUAAAUUUGAAGAAGACUGUAAAGGAUCCUGGUUUGGUUGGUUGUGUAAUGACUACUAAGAGUCUUACAAAGGAAGGCCAUAGCUACUAUAUAGUAAUUGAGAAUUUAGAGAAGGAUUUGUCCCCACGGACGAUUGUGAACUUCUUAUAUGAACACGUCUCUAUCAUUUGUGGAGCAUUUGUUUUCCCAAGUUUGUUGUCAGACGUAAAUACAAGGGGAAUCAUCACUGCAGAUUCUAAGGAGAAGCUUCAAAAGUUAUUGAAGUAUCUAUGUGAUCCUGCUCAUCUCAUUAUCUCCUCAAGAGGAAGGCCAUGGGUAAUCACAGAUGUGGAACCAAGGGAUGGAACCUUCGGAAGCUUAAUGCCGAAAACUGAGAUUGCACAAGGCUCUGGUUUAAGGGUUGUAAGCUGGUUAACAGAUGAAUACGUUACGGGGAAGCAAUUACUAGAGUUAUUUACGGGCUUUGCCAAAGAUGUACAAGGUCUACAUGGAAAGCUAUCUUUGGAUGAGGAAGACGUUAUUCUCUGCUCGAAUGCAAGCAAUAGAAAGAAGCCUAAAGUGAUUCCAAAGUGACAUGCUGAAUCGUAAUUUGGUGGUAAAGUAAUACUUAGGAUAGAAAUUUUGGAUGUCGGACUGCCGGCGUGUUGGAAAUAUCAGAAACUAGUUGUGAAUAAAGAGAUGAUAUAAUGAUGUGAGAGUGACUGAACUCUAUAUGGAGUACUCUAUAAGUAGUUCCAAAAGUCCCUAUAUUUUUUUAGUUAAAACUUACCCCUUAUUGCGGUACCUGAAUGAUUACCUGUAAAUAUUGAAGUGACUUGCUCCGUACUUAUUUUCAUCAGGUUGAAGGAUGCUAAUUUAGAUGAUUGGAUCUUUUUAA